AUGCGUAAUUCGCCGCAGCACUUCCUGUCCAGUUUGGGAGAACGGGCGCGCCUACGUUGGCAGCACUGCACGGUUAUCGAGGGCGAUGCGCGACUUAUUUUGAUGACGCAGGAGAAUCUGACUUCGGACGACUUUCGAAUGGCAGCUAUGCCUAAUCUGCGCGAAAUCACCGGCUCGUUACUGGUGUUCCAAGUCGUUGGCAUGGAUUCGCUGAACGUCAUGUUUCCCAAUCUGCGGAUAAUCCGCGGAAACUCGCUGGUGUCCAACUACGCGCUGGUUCUGUUCCAGAACCCGGAUCUCAAAGAGAUCGGACUUUCGAACCUGACCGAGAUAUCGAAAGGAGGCGUACGGAUCGCCGGCAACUCAGAGCUGUGCUACGUGGACACGAUCAACUGGAACGAACUGUGUAGGGAAGAUUCGGCACACAUCCUCAUCGAAGAGAACAAAGACACCGUCCUGUGUUCCGAUGUUUGCGAAGCGUCGGCCCAGGAAGACCUCUGCAUAGUGCACGGCUCGACUAGCUCAACUGCGCCCACUGCGCGCAGAGCUUGUUGGAACCGCGACAAGUGUCAACUAGGCUGUCCAAAGCAGUGCAAAGAGUUCGGACUGUCGUGCAACACCAGCGCGACCCCGCCGUUUUGCUGCCAUCCGCAGUGUGCCGCCGGAUGUACGGGCCUGAAAAACACUGAUUGUUCUGCAUGUCGUAAUGUGCGCUACAACAAGGUGUGUCUCGAGAAGUGCCCUGAAAAUUUAUACAAGGUAAUCGACCGACGCUGUAUCACUCGUGAAGAAUGCGUGAACAGGAACCCGAUUAAAGAUGAAACGAACGGUGACUACUUGUACUACAAGGCGGUGAAGACUACGGGUGAGUGCGUCGUGAAAUGCCCCCCGGGUUACGAAGAAGACGCGACCGACAAGACGAAGUGCUCUCGCUGUAACGGCGUUUGCCCUCAA